AUGGCACAAUCCCAUAAUAAUGCAAAAUCUUUAGCAAAGGAUUAUCUCCUUAAGGAUUUACCUUGUGAUGAGAAUCCUGUCAAAAGUGUAAUUGCAACUUCUGAUGAAGCCUCUCCGGAUGCUAACGCUGACCAAGAAAAUGCGGAUAAUGAAACACCAGAGAUUAAGCUUGAAACAGCACCAGGAGAUUAUCGUUUCCCAACUACAAAUCAGAGCAGGCAUUGCUUUACCCGUUAUGUUGAAUACCAUCGGUGUGUAGCGGCUAAGGGAGAAGGGGCUCCUGAAUGUGAUAGGUUUGCAAAGUACUACCGGUCACUUUGCCCAGGCGAAUGGGUAGACCGAUGGAAUGAGCAAAGGGAAAAUGGCACUUUUCCAGGUCCUCUAUAAAAGAAUUGGUUUAGUAAAUUAGGUGCAUCAGGUAUGCAUCUCAACGAAUGAGCUAAUAAAACGUUUAGUUCUGAUUGUUGAUCUGCGACAUUGAGGAAAGAAGAGGCACAAUCUCUUGUGUUUGAACUUAAGAACCUUGAGAGCUUAAUAAAGAUUACCAAUUUUAAUGGUUUCAUUUUCAU